GGCGCCUGGAGUGCAGGCGAGCUGAGCUCUGGCCUCUGCUCUCCGCCUCUUCCCUCUCCGAGCUGAGCCCGCUGAUGGAGCACGGGGCCAGGGCUGGCUCUCAAAAAGCCUCUGGUCCCCUGUAGCCUGGUCCCCAGAGAGGGAGAGGCCCAUGCCCAGCAAAACUCUGCUGGGCCCUGCCAGCUCCCCACACCCCAUCAUGCCUCUGCUGGACGUGUUUUGGGCUUGCUUCAGGAAAGUGAAGUGCUUCCCAUUGCUGCAGGGGAGGAAGAAUGCCGAAGCUGAGGCCAAAAAAGUGUGUGGGUGGCUCCGAGCGACAGGAUUCCCCCAGUAUGCUCAACUUUUUGAAGAAGGUUCGUUUCCCCUGGAUAUUGGCUCUGUGAAGAAAGACCACAGUUUUCUGGACGAGGACUCUUUGGGGGCCCUGUGCAGGAGGCUGAUGACCUUGAACAAUUGUGCCUCGAUGAAACUGGAGGUUCAUUUUCAAUGCAAACAGAAUGAAGACUCAGAGGAGGAAGAUCAAUGUACCAUCAGCAACCACUGGGCCUUCCAGCGAGAGAGUAAGCGCUGGUCUCGUGUGGGCUCCUCCAACCUGCUGGCCCCACCAAGCCCUGGCCUGCCAGUGACCUCCAGCUGCGAGAGUGUCCUCACUGAGCUUAGCGCCACCUCCCUGCCAGCCAUCACUGUGAGCCUAGCACCCGAGCCGGUGGACCUGUCCUUACUAGGCCGUGCUCCAAGCCCAAGUGACCAGCCCUUCCUCAGCCCCACCCGGGCCCAGGAGGGUCCCAAGGACAAAACCAAGAAGCACCAUUCCCGUAGCUUCCUCAAACACCUUGAGUCUCUGAGGCGGAAGGAAAAGGGUGGCAGCCGGCAAGCAGAGCCCCAGGAUAGCUCAGCCACCCCAGAAAAGGCCACCAAAGCCUCCUCUUUCCGAAGUCGCCAUGGCUUCCUUUCAGCUGGAUUCUAUAGGGCCAAGAACCGGGCGGCCACCUCAGCCAGUGGCAGUGGCACUGAGACUCAGAGGGCCUGGGAGGCCUGGCCUGUGGCCACGUUUCAGCAUCCUCAGCGGGUACACCGGGGUGACUGCCUGGUUCAUGUGCCCAGGGACCACAAACCAGGCACAUUCCCUCGCUCCCUGUCCAUUGAGAGUCUGUGUCCUGAGGAUGGACACUGCCUGGCAGAUUGGCAGCCAGGUAGACGCUGGGGCUAUGAAGGGCGCAGGGGCUCCUGUGGCUCCACAGGCAGCCAUGCCAGCAUCUAUGACAACAUGCCUGAGCUGUACCCAGUUGAGCCUGUACUGGCUGGGGCCGAGGCUGAAGAGGAGGAGGGGGAUGGGGACAGCUACACUCACCUGGAUGACAUCCUCCAGCAUGUGUGGGGGCUGCAGCAACGGGUAGAGCUCUGGUCUCAGGCCAUGUACCCAGAUCUGGGGCCCAGAGAUAAGGAAGAGGAAGAAGAGGAGGAAGAAGAGGAAGAGGCCAGUUCAUCAGUAGAAAUAACCACCAGUGAAGUGGAAGGACAGACCCAGGCUCCAGCCCAUGAGGAGUCCCUAGCCGCGGGCCAGGUGGAUGUCCAGCCAGGAGUUCUGGCUCAGGCUCAGGCUCAGGGCCCAGCCGAGGCUGAGCUCCUGGCACAGGCAGAGGCCGAGGGCCCAGGCUUGGCCCAGGAUAAUGAGCAGGAGGCAAAUUCAGGUGGGGAACCCACCUCUGCCUCCAGCCUGUCUGUGGAAGAAGGACACUCCAUUUCUGACACUGUGGCCUCCUCCAGUGAGCUGGACAGUAGUGGGAACUCCAUGAAUGAGGCCGAGGCCACAGGGUCCCCGGCUGGACUCCAGGCAUCAGCACCCCGUGAAAGACGAGAUUCGGGCGUUGGGGCCUCACUGACCCGACCCUGCAGGAAGCUCCGUUGGCACAGCUUUCAGAACUCCCACCGGCCCAGCCUCAACUCUGAGUCACUGGAGAUCAACCGGCAGUUUGCCAGCCAGAUCCACCUCCUGCACAAGGGCUCACUGCUGCGGCUCACCGCCUUCAUGGAGAAGUACACCGUCCCCCACAAACAGGGCUGGGUUUGGUCAAUGCCCAAGUUCAUGAAGAGGAACAAGACACCGGACUACCGAGGCCAGCAUGUGUUUGGGGUGCCGCCCCUCAUCCACGUGCAGCGCACAGGUCAGCCGCUGCCCCAGAGCAUUCAGCAAGCCAUGCGAUACCUACGCAGCCAGUGCCUGGACCAGGUGGGCAUCUUCCGCAAGUCUGGCGUGAAGUCCAGGAUCCAGAACCUGCGCCAGAUGAACGAGACCUCCCCAGACAAUGUCUGCUAUGAAGGCCAGUCAGCCUAUGAUGUGGCUGACCUGCUAAAGCAGUAUUUCCGGGACCUGCCCGAGCCAAUCUUCACCAGCAAGCUCACUACAACUUUCCUGCAGAUCUACCAGCUCCUACCCAAGGAUCAGUGGUUGGCAGCCGCACAAGCUGCCACCUUGCUGCUCCCUGAUGAGAACCGAGAGGUGCUACAGACCCUGCUCUAUUUCCUAAGCGACAUUGCCUCUGCUGAGGAAAACCAGAUGACAGCCGGUAACCUGGCAGUGUGCCUGGCACCCUCCAUCUUCCACCUCAAUGUCUCCAAGAAGGAUAACCAUUCACCCAGGAUCAAGAGCAAACGCAGCCUAGUUGGCCGGCCAGGCCCUAGAGACUUGAGUGAGAACAUGGCUGCCACCCAGGGCCUAUCACACAUGAUCAGUGACUGCAAGAAACUUUUCCAGGUGCCCCAGGACAUGGUGCUGCAACUGUGCAGCUCCUACAGUGCGGCUGAGCUCAGCCCUCCUGGCCCAGCCCUGGCUGAGCUGCGGCAGGCCCGAGCUGCUGGUGUGAGCCUAAGCCUCUACAUGGAAGAGAGUGUCCAGGAGCUGCUACGUGAUGCUGCUGAGCGCUUCAAAGGCUGGAUGAGCGUGCCAGGACCCCAGCACACGGAGCUGGCUUGCAAGAAGGCACCAGACGGGCACCCUCUGCGUGUGUGGAAGGCAUCUACAGAGGUGGCAGCCCCCCCGGCCGUGGUGCUACACCGUGUCCUGCGGGAGAGGGCCCUCUGGGAUGAGGACCUACUGCGGGCUCAGGUGCUGGAAGCCCUGAUGCCGGGUGUGGAGCUGUACCACUACGUCACUGACAGCAUGGCACCCCAUCCCUGCCGCGACUUUGUGGUGCUCCGGAUGUGGCGUUCUGACCUGCCCCGUGGGGGUUGCCUGCUCGUCUCUCAGUCCCUGGAUCCUGAACAACCUGUGCCUGAGUCAGGGGUGCGGGCCCUGAUGCUCACCUCCCAGUACCUCAUGGAGCCUUGUGGCCUGGGCCGCUCCCGGCUCACCCACAUCUGCCGUGCUGACCUCAGGGGCCGUUCUCCUGACUGGUACAACAAAGUCUUCGGUCACCUGUGUGCCAUGGAGGUGGCAAAGAUCCGAGACUCCUUCCCGACCCUGCAGGCAGCUGGUCCUGAGACAAAGUUGUGAGCCUCAGCCUGGUCCAAGGGUGACGCCACCCAGGCUCCCCCUGUCCCAGGGCAGCGAGGGUGGGAUGAGAGCAGAGCAGCCCCCGAUGGAUGCUGCUUCUAGGACGGAAGCAAGCUCGGGCUGUUUCCCUUACUUCCUGAAGCUCCUCUGCACAUAGAGGGGAGGAAAAGAGAAUUUCAGUGUCAUGUCUCCACUCGACCCCAAAACCUGUGUUCUGUCUUUCUGAGAAAGGGGAGUCAAUUCAGGAACGAGAAGAUGGCUACUGCUCUCCAGGUCCACGGAGCCACCGGUCAGUCUGAAGCCUUCCCGGCUCCCCUGCCUAUAGGGCAAGGAGGCAGAGAGCAGUGUGUGUUUCCAGGUCUCAGGUGUUCCGAGAGGCCAAGCCAACGUGCUUGGUGCUAGGGUCCCUUUGAGGUUGGGCAGGAGGCUCUGGUCCUGCCUUUGGGUCCAACAUUGGCCCUGAACUGCCUUUUGCAGAGAAAUUGGACUUAAGUGAACGGACACAAGAGCAGAGCACAGGGCAGCCCCGACCACCAUGAGCUGUUGAUUUGUGUAAAUACGAUGCUGAUUUUUACGAGGCUGAUUUAAAGAGAGGGCACUGACAGGCCCCAGUAGGCGACAUGACGAUUUGGGAUAGCUUGGGAUGUGAGAGCUGGGGGGAAACUUCCUUUCUCAGGUCUCAAGAGACCAAUGAACCAGUCUCUCCUGACUCAGGCCCCACACUUUAACUGCCACUCCGUGGGGUCCUGUGUAGCCAUUGGCCACGCAUUGCCAUGUCUGGAGAGUAAACAGUCUUGCCCCCACUGCACAGGCCAAGCAAAAGCAGAUGGUGGCAAGGAGACACUGUCUGUGUCUAUGUCCUUUUUUUCCGCUCUUGUUGCCUAUGGUAAAAGGUUGACAUGACAGCCCCUUCCUCCAGCAGAGACCUGGCCCCUGGAUCAGGUGGCUGGCCAGCAAGGUGGAAGGGCCUAGUGUCAUCUCAGCUCACUGGAGCUUGAUCUCAACCUGACCUAGCCCACCCAACUGGCCAUCUUGGUUCACAUGGAAAGUCAAACGCCAGACACCAACUAGUGCUUUAUUAUUAUUAUUUUUUGGCUGAAUAAACUGGAGUGGGAUAGGUUCCAGCCAAACAGUUGUAAUUUUUAAGCCUAUUUUAUUGUACCUAUAAAUACUGUACAGUCAGAAUAUUAAAAAAUGUAUUUGUGUAUAUAUAGAUACACACACACACACACACAAAUAUAUAUAUACACACACACACACACACAUCUAUAUACACACAGACACACACGGACAUAUACAUAUUCUCUCCAGAGUGUACCAUAAUCUGUGGGUAGGAACAGAGGUCUGGAAAGCCUUAGGGGGGCAGGGCACUUAAGACAGGGGAGGUAGAGAACCAGGUCCAAGUGACUCCCUAGUGGAACAAUAAAGCAUUACAAUAGAAGCA